CACCAGGUUCCGCUCUUCACCCAUCCCUACACUGGCUGCAUCUACAUACUUACACUGUAUGUAUCUACGGAAAACGGAAUCUAGCUACACACUACACAGUAGUCACACCCACCCCUCAUCACUCCUUGUCAUCUUACCUUCACCCCUGCCCUUGUUCUUACCCUGGCUGCGCAAAGGGGCACAGGGGACCACCCACCGCGCGCUGUGGUGUGAAAUCGUGGAUACCUCAUACCCUGCUGCACUACUCCUCUCACCUCCCACACGCCUCCACUACUCUGCGAUGCCUGUGCUCUUGCUCUGUUGUAUCGCAUUCGCAUCCCGCGGUGCUGCUUUGACGGCAGCCAGCGCCCGGCGCCAGGAACACACACACACUCCCCAGAGCCGAUCCCCAUAUGCGAGUAGGCGUGGAGUCGACAAGGCUGUCGGUCGUUACUCGGCGGCUUUCUUCUAUGACGAUGCACCCCUCCAUAUUCGUACAGACAUGACAUAGCAUUCCUACCAGUAUCUGCGCCUCGAGCACAGAUACAACAGCACAACAGCACAACAGCACGACAUCUGGGUUACAUGAUCAGCGCCACCGACAGGAGGUGGAGACUUCUGUGAAUUACUACUACUGUGUAGAUGCUACUGCUACGCAUACGCACACGCGUACGCAUACUCAUAACGCCAGGCGUCAUCUAAUCUUGCCUGGCGGGGU